CCCGCAGUAGAUGCUAUAUAGUAGCUGCAGCUAGUAGAGACGCAGUAUUUCUCAUUUCGCACAACAGAAUACCAGCAAAGAAUCCAAGAUUAUCCAGGCAUCGCUCAUGAAACCAUUCAUCCACAGAGCAGCUGCUUUGCUAUGUCUCGCCGUAGCAACUGCGGUGUGUCUCUCCUCCGUCACAGCGAUGUCCUGCCAGAGAAAAUGCGGUGACAUCGAAGUUCCUUUUCCAUUCGGCAUAGACGGUGAUCAGCCUGGCUGUGCCAAGCCGGGCUUUGAGCUGAGCUGCGGCAACAACACGGAGAGUGGUGUACCGAUUCUCCUCCGCAAAGUGCAGCCCCUUAGCAGGAGCGUGGAGGUGCUCGGCAUCUCCUUGCCGAAAGGCCAGCUCCGGAUGAGGAUGCAUAUGUCCUCUCACUGCUACAACAUGACCACUCGUGUCAUGGACUGCGUCGACAACGGGUGGAUGGACUUGACGGGGAGUCCCUUCACCUUCUCCGACAGCGCGAACAAGUUCACGGCCUUUGGGUGCCAAGUUCUUGCAUAUCUUGGGGCGGGCGAACAGAGGGACAUAGGAAGCAACCUAAGAAUUGGCUGCGCGGCCAGUUGUGGCAAGGAUGAUUCUGCCACUAUCGGUGGUGGUAGAUGCUCUGGGAUAGGCUGCUGCCAGACGGCUAUCCCAAAGGGGAUAAAGUAUUAUAAGGCAUGGUUUGAUGACCGCUUCAACACGUCUUCCAUGUACACAUGGAACCGUUGUGCCUAUGCAGCGCUCGUGGAGGAGUCCAGCUUCAAUUUCUCCAUGAUUUACGAUUCAUCAUCGAAGUUCAACAGCGAUACCGUCUCUAGUCAGCCGCCGUUUGUGGUUGACUGGGUUAUGGGAAAUAUAUCAUGCAAAGAAGCUCGUAAAAAUCUAGGUACCUACCCAUGCAUCAGCAACAACAGCAUUUGUUUGGACUCACAGAAUGGACCGGGUUACAUUUGCAACUGCAGAAAGGGGUUCCAGGGUAACCCUUACAAUAAAGGUCUUGACAGCUGCCAAGAUAUUAAUGAGUGUGACGAUCCUAAGAAGUACCCCUGCUAUGGUAAAUGCAUUAACAAACUUGGAGGAUUUGAUUGUUUCUGCCCUGCGGGAAUGAGAGGAAAUGCAUCUGUUGGACCAUGCCGGAAAGAUUUCCCACUGGGAAUUGGUAUUGCAAUUGGUUUGGGUGUUGGUUUCGGAAUUCUCCUACUUAGCUUGUCUGUGGUGUUUCUUAUCCGUAAACAGAGAAGCGACAUCCAAAGGCAACUACGGAAAAAAUAUUUUCAGAAAAACAAAGGCCUUCUACUAGAACAACUAAUAUCUUCUGACGAAAGAGCUAGCGAUAGCACAAAAAUUUUCUCCCUAGAAGAGCUUAAAGAGGCAACUAAUAACUUUGACCCAACACGUGUUCUCGGUAGUGGAGGUCAUGGUAUGGUUUACAAAGGUAUCUUAUCUGAUCAACGUGUGGUGGCGAUAAAAAAACCAAACAUCAUCAGGGAAGAGGAGAUUAGCCAGUUUAUCAAUGAGGUUGUAAUUCUCUCACAAAUAAAUCAUCGCCAUAUUGUCAAACUCUUUGGAUGCUGUCUUGAAACUGAAGUCCCUCUAUUAGUGUAUGAUUUUGUACCUAAUGGUUCACUAAAUCAAAUUAUUCAUGCUGAUAAAAGUAACAGACGUUUCUCAUUGUCCUGGGAUGAUUGUUUGCGAAUUGCUACAGAAGCAGCAGGUGCUUUAUAUUACCUCCACUCUGCAGCAUCGGUAUCAGUUCUACAUCGUGAUGUGAAAUCAUCUAAUAUACUCUUGGAUUCAAACUACACCGCUAAAGUUUCAGAUUUUGGAGCUUCAAGAUUGAUUCCGAAUGACCAAACCCAUGUUUUCACAAAUAUACAAGGGACAUUUGGAUAUUUAGAUCCUGAGUACUACCAUACUGGGCAUCUCAAUGAGAAAAGUGAUGUGUAUAGUUUUGGUGUAGUUCUUUUAGAGCUGCUUCUAAGAAAGCAACCUAUUUUUGACGAUGGCACUGGCACAAAGAAAAAUCUAUCAAUAUAUUUUCUUUCUGAGAUAAAAGGAAAGCCUAUUACAGAGAUAGUUGCCCCUGAAGUUAUUAAGGAAGCAAUAGAGGAUGAGAUUAAUAUUUUUGCCUCAAUUGCACAGGCAUGCUUGAGGCUCCGAGGUGAAGAAAGGCCAACAAUGAAGCAAGUGGAGAUAUCAUUACAGUCUAUAAGAAACAAAGUUUUGAGUUCAGGCAGCGCUAGUUCCGAAAGCAACCAUGAGAUAGAAACACCCUUAUGUGAAAGUUACGUUGAUCUGCAUCAAACUAUGGGUGUUGAUAUCAAUGGCAUUGCUAAUUUAAUAUCUUCAAAUUGCUAUAGCUUAGAGCAUGAAUUUAUGUUAUCCGCUAGCUUUGGAAGGUAAAUUGUGUUUGUCCCGUUGUUGAAAUGUCGAUAGAUGUUCUUAUAGUAUCUUUGUGCAUUUGCACAAUCUAUAAGCUUGUCAUAAACAAAAUGUUGAAUAUACAUUUGUGAUACAUCAUUAAAAACUUAUGUCAAUACACAUCAUGUGUUUUCUUUC